UAUUCCUUAUUUCCUCCGCAUCCACGGCUGUGGUGCACUCAGAAUCGUAAAAUACUGACAAAACAUCGCCACAUUUUCACAUUAUAAAUUUCACCAAAUCUCCUUAAUUCAUCAACACUCUUCUUCCUCUCCCUUCGACUAACAACCAAUGGGAACCAUAAGUGCGGAGCAGAGCCGAGAAGCCGUCAACCUCUCGAACCACACCCCUUUCUCCAAACACCUAAAAUCUCAGCUGAAAGAAACGUUCUUCCCCGACGACCCCUUCCGUCACAUCUCCGACCAUCCCCCGCUCCGCCGCACAUGGGCCGUCCUCUGCUACUACAUCCCCAUCCUCCAAUGGGCUCCCAAAUACAAACACACUCUCUUCGCUUCUGACCUCCUCGCCGGCAUAACCAUUGCUAGCCUUGCCAUCCCCCAAGGCAUCAGCUACGCCAAGCUCGCCAACGUUCCUCCCAUCAUCGGCCUCUAUUCGAGCUUCGUGCCGCCUUUGGUGUACGCUGUUUUCGGGAGCUCGAAUAAUUUGGCGGUUGGUACGGUGGCGGCUGUGUCGUUGCUGCUUUCCUCGAGCAUUCGUGGAAAGGUCUCGCCGGAGACAGAGCCGGAGUUGUAUUUGCAUACGGUGUUCACGGCGGCGCUCUUUACCGGAUUGUUUCAGCUGGCGUUGGGCAUUUUCAGGCUCGGAAUACUGGUGGAUUUUUUGUCCAGGUCUACCAUUACCGGGUUCAUGGGAGGAACGGCGAUGAUUAUUAUUUUACAGCAAAUCAAGGGCUUGCUUGGCCUCCAGCAUUUUACCACCAAAACAGAUCUGGUGUCCGUUGUGCACGCCGUCUUUCAAAAUCGACAGGAGUGGAAAUGGCAGAGCGGGAUUUUAGGUUUGGGGUUUAUAGUAAUUUUACUUUGUGCUCGACGUCUGAAAGAAAAAGUACCAAGAUUGUUUUGGGUAAAUGCUAUUUCUCCGCUGGCUGUGGUUGUGAUGGGAGGAGUAAUUGCCUUUGCGGUUGAUGGGAAUAACCAAGGAAUUCCAAUCGUAAGUUCCCCGUCACAAUUUAUAAAGGCUUCAAAGAAGAGAGUUGUUGUAGCCGCUCGCACAACAAAAACCCCAAGAGCUUCUUUAGAAGUGGCAUAUAUCUCUAGGGGCCCUCGCUCCCCUAGCCGCCAUCGUGUUGAUCCUAUUCAACCCACUAAGACUACCGAAGCACUCCUUAAUAUGAUAACUCUUAUAGAGAUUGUGACAUAG